AGAUACACACAACCCAGGUUGCACAGAGCAGGUUUCAACGGGAACGAUAGUGAUCGAAGAAGAGAGAGAUGGCGUCGAACGCGGCGGUGCCGUUUUGGAGAGCUGCGGGGAUGACAUACAUAACGUACUCGAACAUAUGUGCGAACCUGGUGAGGAAUUGCCUCAAAGAUCCUUACAAAUCCGAAGCCCUCAACCGAGAGAAGGUCCAUUUCUCCGUCGCCAAAUGGGCCGACGGAAAGCCCCAGAAACCCACGCUUCGUUCGGACACUCCUGAAUGAUUAAGGCUGGAAGUUGGUGGUUGCCAGUUCUCUGGUUGGGAAAUUUUUUUUGCAUGUGAGGGUUGUUCUGUUUCAUCAAGUUCAGUGGGGUUAUGAUUUGUUUGGUUCUAUAGUGCCUACGCACUUAAGACAAUGCUAAUAUACCAGGUUUUGCAUGAAACUAUUAAACAUGUAAUAAAGCGGCUCCUGAUGCUGUAUAUCUGAUACUGUUAGCAUGUUUGGUGGUAAUGGGGUUUCCAUCUUGUUCAGAAUUAUCAAUGCCAGCCCUCAGAGGGAUUUUUUGCUA